GUUAGUAAUUUUUACUUAUUUGAGAAAGUAAAAAUGUUUAAACUACAAUUAUUAUUGAUGAUGAAUAUUGUAGUUAUGAUCGAUGGUAGUCGUUCAUUCAUUUUGCAUGGUUAUAAUCCAAAUCAAACCGAAUGGUUCACAAUACGAUAUCCAUAUAAAAACAUUUAUGGUUUGCCAAAUUCAUUAAAUUGUCAUCAAUCAAUCUAUGAAGAAUUUGAUGAAUGUGAACAAUCAUCACAUAAAGAUUGGCAAAUUACUAUUGAUGAAUAUUUUUAUGAAACAAAAAAAUUUUGUUGUUUUAUUUGGCAAACAAUGGAUUGUGAAAUUGAUAAAGCAAAAAAAUGUAAUCAAAUUUAUUCCUUAGAAAUUGAAUUUAAUACAAGAAAAACAUAUCAAACAUUUUGCGAUCAUAUUGGUUAUAGUCAUGGAAGUUGGACAUGUUGGUGGACAGAAAAUCGAAUAAUUACUGUCAGUAGUGUAAUUGGAGCUGCAUUGGUAAUUCUUACGAUAUUUUGUAUAGCUUACGGUUUUUAUAAAUAUAAUAAUCGUUCAAAAAAUAAAGUAGAUGAACAAAUGAAUUUUACAAAAUUAAAAAGAUCAUCAUCAUUAUCAUCAACAAAAACAAUAACACCAUCAUCACCACCACCACCAUCAACAACAAAAAUGGGUGGUCAACAAAUAACAGAAGCAGUAUCAUCAUCAAUAAGAUCAUCAUCAGGAUCAUCGAAAGGAUCAAAUACAAUAAAAUCAACAAAAACAACAGCAACAAUAUUAACAGAAUCAUCAUCAACAAUAGGUGAUGGUCAACAAAUAACAAAAACAGCAUCAUCAAUAAGAUCAUCAUCAUCGGGAUUAAGAUCAUCGUCAGGAUCAAAUUCAACAUCAAAUACAAUAAAAUCAACAUCAACAACAACAACAACAAUAUUAUCUGAUCCACCACCACCACCACCGACAACAACAACAAAUAUAGUACCACAAUCAAUAACAGCAAAGACAAGAUUAUCAUCACCAGCAAUAAUAACAACAAAUGAUUAUUCUACAAUACCAAUAAAUAAUAUAAAUCAAACAAAUAAUAAUCAGAAUAAUAAUAAUAAUAAUGGUGGUAUAGUACAUGCUACAUUACAUUAUGUUGUUAGUAAUGAUUCAUUAAAUUUUGAAGAAAUACCAUUAACAUCAACACCAACAUUACCAUUAUCAUCAUCUCGAUCAAUAGCAUCAUCAACAGAAACGGAAAAAAAUCCAAAAUAUAUUCCUAAACGAAGACUAUCACAUCCAUUUAAUAUUAUAUCAGAUGAAGAUUAUUAUGCUGAAUGUUGGUUAGAAACUCAAUCGGAUAGUGGUAUAGCACCAUUUAGAUAUAAACAAUUUAGACAAUCAAAUAUAUUGAAUGUUGGUGGUGGUGGUGAAUCAUCAACGUCAGCCGCAAUACCACCACCGCCACCACCACCACCUUCAUCACAAGCAACAGUACCAACGCCCACAUUGACAGAUAUUCAAAAAAUAAUACAACAAAAUUAUAUUAAUACAGCAUUACAAGAUUUUAAACCAUUUUAAAAUCGAUCAAUUCAAAUUAUCAAAUUAAUUAGGAAAAUUGAAUUACCACAAUCAUCAUCAUCAUUGAAAUAUAAAUAAUAAACACAAAAUUCAUCUGAUAAAUAA